GUACCAGCCACCUCUCUCUCUCUCUCUCUCUCUCUCUCUCUCUCUCUCUCUCUCUCUCUCCUUGCACAGGACAGAGGGCACUAGAACCAUGGCCGCUCCGAAGAAGACGAUGAGAGCCCUGCAGUACGACAAGUAUGGCGGAGGAGCAGAAGGCCUCAAGCAUGUGGAGGUGCCGGUCCCGUCGCCGAAGAAGGGGGAGGUGCUGCUCAAGCUGGAGGCGGCCAGCAUCAACCCUAUCGACUGGAAAAUUCAGAAGGGCAUGGUCCGGCCCUUCCUUCCCAGGAAGUUCCCCUUCGUACCAGUCCCAUCGAGUCCUCGAACUCUAGCUGGAUUGGACUCGCGGCCCAUCUGGCCGCGCCUCGCCCGCCCAGGCCCAAAUCGGUUCAAGAGACAGGAACAACACCGGACCGGACGGACAGCCGCCGCCACCGCGUUCUCACACGCCGUCGGCCAUGUCGCAGCGGCCGCGGCCGGAGGCGGGUUCUACGGCGGAGGGAGACGAGGAGCAGCGGCUUCGGGCGGCGCUGCGUCACCUGCAGGCGGAGGCGGGGGUGCUCGAGCGCCUGGUGUACAAGCACCGGAACCAGCACCGCGGCGCCGCCUACUUUCAGUACCUCCUCAAGGUGAGCGCCGCAUCUCCACAUCCUCCCGGAUAACCCCCAUCUCGGCUGGCGAGUCGCUCGGUGAUGACACGAGUCCACGUGUGUCUGUGCGCGCAGGUGAGGAGGGACCUGAAGCUGCUGCUUGGCGCCGGGCUCGCCGAGGUCCUCAACGCCGUGUUCCCCGUCCUCGCAUGCCGCAAGCCGGCCAACACGGUCCUCGUCCCGACCAAACUAAGAAGAAACCUGGUGCAAACCACAGCCAUCAUGAGAGGCUUUUGGGUGUUGCCCGCUUGUUAUCCCAGAUGGCUGAACCUAUUAUGAAGGCAGCAAUUCAGAUAACAUUUUUACUUACUAGAUCAUUCUUCAUUGAUCUUUGUACAGCAGUGCUUUCUUUGCUUGCACGAAUAAGGGUCCUGGUCCAACAGAUGUUACUUGAUGUUGUAUCAUUAUAUAAUAAGGUUACAGAUCUUACUGAUAGGAAGCAGGCUGUUAAGAUUAGCAUUGGUGGAGUGCAGGCUUUCAGAGAGUACUACCCCUCUAUGAAUGAUGCCUGCACAAUUCUGGAUUGUGUAUGGGUGAAAGAUAAAUUUGUUUUGCAUGAAAAGAUGAAAGGUAGCUGUCAGGAAACCCAAGUUGAGGAUCAGAAGUCCUUUGGUCCUGAAUCUUCAAUCCAGUAUGAGACGCUUGCACUCAUUAGUGAAGAUACACCAAACUUUGAAGAAACAAACCAGACAGCCAAACAGGCAGGUGCUGCUGCGGCUGAGCAACCAGAUAAAAUGAACCAUUGCAGUGAUGCUGGAGGUUCUCAAAGUGGGAGGCAACUGGAAAAUGAAAGUGGUGCAUGUUCAGUUCCUGACACCCUUAGUACUCGUAUACAUUCAGUUCCACACCUGAACCUCAAGCAUGAGACUAGGAAGAGAGUAGCGUUCGUUGCUGUUGAAAAUCCAAAGGUUCUUGGUGCAGCCUCAGAAACAAAAUCAUCAGAAGUAAACAAGAAGCAAAGACUAGACAUGAUUUCACAGACCUCUGUAGAAUCUGGACUCUAGAGCAAAUUGCUGAUUCUGAGUACGCAGAAAAGUCCAUCCUUUAAUGUGUGUGGAAAUUCCCUCUUCUUCAUCAAGGGGAAGAACAACGGCUACGAAAAUGAUAAUGCAGCUUCAAGAUACAGCAAAACCUGAAA